CGUUCGUUCGUUCGUUUCUUGGCAGAUCCCGCGCGCAGAUAGCCAACAACCCAGGCCGUCCAUCAGGACAGCUCAUUGGCCGUCAUUGACAUCGCGGGUACGCAGAUCAGAUCUGGUUCAUCCUUCCCACAUAAUGACUGACUUGCUGUCUGUGUGGACGUAGAGUUGCGGCUGUUUGCAGGGGAUGUGACAGAGGGGCAGCUUCCAUGGUGGCGGGCUCGGCAAGGGUGCGAGGACUCAACGGGCCAGCAAGGCGAAGAGGAAGGCGAUGGCCCAACUUGAUUCAUCUGAGCGCGCUGUAGGCUGACAGAAUGUCAUCCUCUGGCCCCUCAACGUGUUGGCGGCCCCUCUCACCGUCAGAAGCCCUCGAUGCCAUUCGCGCGGCAUCGUCGCCAACUCAUCCACCAGCACCAGGGCCGUCGGCAGCAGCAUCUGGUGCCUCCCAGCUGGUGGUUGUGGUGCCCUAUCGGCAGCGAGAGCACCACUUGAGGCGCUUCCUGCCCGCCAUGAGUGGACUGCUCACGCAAGAGCAAAGAGGCGGGAUGAUAAUGGUGGUUGAGCAGGCGUCUGGGAUGCCUUUCAACAGAGGUGUGUUGUGGCCACAGGUGUCGAGAGGAACGAUUGUCACUUGUGUGUGUGUGCGUUAGGCAGGUCUGUUGUUCAAUGCUGCAGUGGCCACCAUUCAGAGGCGCAUGUCUGAGAUGGGCUGCGCUGCUGACCGCCUGUGGUACAUAUUCCACGACGUCGACACUCUGCCAAACGAACAGAAUGCAGGUCAGCUUCGUCAGUCAGUGUGCUACUCCACGCUUCGUGUCCGCCAGCUGUGCAUAUCGUCUGCCUGCCUGCCACCAUGUGUGUGCAGCGGCGAUGUCGUUCUACCGAUCCUGCCCGCCUCCCCUGUGUGUGCGUCACGCGUACGGCCACCCAUGGGCGCUGUCAAUGGUCUUUGCCAUUCGGCAUCACGACUACCUGCUGACCAAAGGUGGGCGGGCAUCAAUCCCAUCGCAUAUGGGAGUGCAUCCAUGUGAGAGUUCUCUGUGUUUGCAGGUUUCUCGAACCACUACUGGGGCUGGGGAUGGGAGGACAACGACUUCGAGCGGCGAUGUCGGUCGGCCGGCGUGCACAUCGACCGGCGGGCCUUCACCGACCGCCUCAGCCCCCCGGCCGCCGGCAGUGACAGUGAGAGUGAAUCCCCUUGCCCCUUCAUUGAGUUGGACAAGCCGUCUGAGAGCGACCUGGCCGCCAGGAUCCAGCAGCCCGACGCACAGAGGAACCAGGAGGUGUUUGCCCGCAACCCUGAUGACCACGGUGGGUGCGCAAUCAGAAACAGCCGAGCAAAGCAUCCAUGUGGUAUUUGAUGGUUGCUUCGCUUUGCGUGUCUGUGUGCCAACAGGCUUGUCAGCGGUGGAGCGGCUGAUGGACAAUGGCUGCCUCUCAGCCCGUCUGCGGUUCGUCGAUGUGCAGUCCUGCCCACCUCACCACACAGACAGCGGCCAUGGGAGAGACCACGGCCACAGUCACUGUGACGAUAGACGUGUCGGUUGGAUCCUUGUGUCGCUGGACGAGGCGAGAGCAGACGAGUGGGGGGAGCUGUUGGGGUGGGCUGGGGAGAGAGACUGUUAAGGGACGAUGACACUGAGAGUGCACACGUACGAUGGUUGAGGCAGCCAUCUAUGCAUUGGGGAUCGCGCGGGGGCCAAUUCUGGGGGCGUCUUAUCUUGAGACUGAGAGACGUCUCUGAAGUCUGCUUCUGUCGCCGCGCUGCACUCCCUCUGUCCACGAAAGUGAGGCAAACAAAGAGAAGUAGUGCCGCGGCUCCACUCUUGGGUUCUCUGCACUGCCAGGUCAGAGGUCAAUCAUGCAGCAGCUGAUCCUGUUGAUCUUCGUUGUUCUCGCCCCCCUUGCGUCAUGCGACGUUUUGUCGGUGAGCCUGAGCACUGGGACGUCAUGUGACCUGAACGACAUCGAGGCGAGCGGCGGCAAGACGCUCGACCAGUGGCUUUCGGGGAAGGCGUUGGCCUCCGCGGUCUGGCUCAGGCCGACAAGCUUCUCAGAAAGGCCGUACGAUGUCGUGCUGGACUGGGGCAGCGACCUGACAAAGGUCAGUGACCCACGUGAGACACCAUGCAUUGUAUGGGUCAUGAAUGGGCCGGUUGUGCAUGUGUCGCCAGGUGCUGACCAUCGUUCAGGAGAAGGAGGGCUGGUGGCAAUACGGCCCACACGGAAGCAUCGCUGCAGAGGUCAAGGCCACGGUGGAUUCCAUUGAGGCCAGGGAAACCGACAAGGGCACCGAGACCACCGUGGCCUCCCUCUACAUCGCAUACAAGGGGCUUAAGGCCGGAAAGGAGGCCUCACAGGUCAGACGCACGGAUGGCUAGCCAUACUUACAUGGUCCCAGUUUUCCUGCCAGCCAGACUGAUGCCUCUUAUUGCUUCAUGAAUCCCUUCAGAUCCUGCCGCGUAUCCACGACGCGUGGUGCUACAUCACCUACCUCCACGAAGGAGGCGUCUUGCCCAAGCGCAAGGGCCAGUUUGUGGCCUUCAACGACCUUCCAGCCAAGGGGCAGGCCAAGGACAGCGUGUGGGUCGACGCCGUCGAGCAAGUCAUGUUCAAGUAAGAGUAGACUACCCGGCCGCCCAAGCGGAUCAAGAGAUCUCGAGCACAAUUGCAAUCUUUUGGCGAUGACGCCUGCACAACGGAUGCUGCAUGAGUUGAGGAAUACAAGAGACACGACAAGGGGGCGCACGUGACAUAUCAACAGAGGCCCUGUGCGCACC